AUGAGCCGAUAUGAUAGACAAUGUGAUUUCAAGCUGGAGUCCCUACAGUACGAGUACCCCGCGGUCGUGGGGGAGGAACCCCAAGAAAUUGCAGCAUCCAAAGACUUCAACGUCCAAGGAAAGAUUCAGCUCAGUUUUGCUGUAGCCACCAUGGCAUCUGCGAAAGGAGAGACUACCCAUCAAGCUCCCGGACGCACUCGAGCAUCCGUCGCCUGCACGGGUUGCCGACAAAAGCGGAUCAAGUGCGUUACAACAGCGGGCAACAAAGUGUGCAACUACUGUCAAGACAAUGGACUGGAAUGUGUCUUCAAAAACGAUGAUGAGCGAAAAAGGCCAAGAUCAAGGGUUUUCAUCCGCACCCUCCUCGAGCAUAUGGAGCUCCUGGAAAAAUACUUGAAGGAGAUUGACGGCGACGUACUCCCACAGCCUCGGUUCCCCGGUCCCCAACCUCAACCUCGUCAACUGAUGCAGCCACAGCAAGCACAGCUACAGCCCCAGAGCACGCAACCAGUGGAGGAAGCAGCUCAACAGGUUUUCAGAUCUAUGCCUGAGAAGAGUCCAGACUACAGCUUCGAUGUGGCACAAUUGACGUCUCAGGAUUAUGGUCUUGUUGAAGAAGCUCCGCUUGAGAACGAGUUACAGAGACACAUGUCAGCUUCAAACAAUACCUGCGCGAGCGAUGCGGUUGCUCCACCUCCAGUAUUCGACAGUCGUGUCGAAACUCUUCGCACAACAGCCGACGAAAUGCAUUCACUUUUGUUCGACGUACCGCCACUGACAUAUGAUUCUGCCACGGGCCAGCUGCGCCAUUGGACUCCCACUACGAGCUAUCAACUUUACGCAGACCAACUUACUGGCUUCCAACGAAUACCUCAAGGCUCAUGGCACCUGAGACAACGACUACACCACAUGAUCAACGAGCUCGAUCUAAAAACCCACGACCAUCUAAUGUCCUGUUUCUGGACUUACUACAACAGUACCAUGCAACUGGUCGACCAGACCGCUUUCGAACGGGACAAGGAUAGUGACAAACUUCAUUAUUCAGGGUUCUUGCACAUCUGUUGCCUCGCGAUAGGCUUCAGGUUUGCUGAUAAAUCCCGACCAGACAUCAAAGCACUAGACCGGGGCGAUAGACACAGUUCGUUGCAGAUUAAUGCCAGGCAUUUUGUCGAGACGGAGCUCGAGAACUUGCGGGGCUUGACCACGAUACAAGGACUGCUCAUCCUGGGCGACCUUGAAUACGCAGUCGGCAGGGACCGGCAAGGUUGGAUGUAUGCCAGCCUUGCUUGUCGCUUCGCCUUCGAAUUAGGCUUGACGAUGGAUCAUACAAAGUCAAAUUUGCCGCGCUCAGAAAUUGAACUACGAUACCGUCUCUUACGGGCAUGCGUGUUCUACGACAGGAUCUGGGCAAUAUUCUCGGGACAUCCUACUGUAAUCAGGACUUCCCACCUGGCUUUGACUGGCCUACAUCCUGUGUAUUCUCCGAGACCCGGAUCCGCCCCCGGAAGCCCAGAGCAGACGCUCGAAAGUUCAGCAGACACAGCAGCAUGGGAUGCUCUCCUGAGGCUGAUGGAAUUGGCAGUCAAAGUGGUCGGUCAUGUCGCUCAGGUGGUGACCACAGCAACUCGCGACCAGGAUGCCGCCAAGCUUAUGGCAGCUGCUUCACUGCACAGCGAACUCAAUACCUGGCAGAGGCAGCUCCCUCCUCCUCUGAGGUGGAACACUGAGAAUUUCUCGACCUCUUCGGGCAUUUUCUUCUUCAUGCACCAGCUGUUUCACAGCACGGUCAUCCACUUGCACUGCUCCUUCGUUUCCACCACCAAAUCUCAAGUAUACCAGGGCUUGAUGGGCGUCUCCCAAGUCGGACCCACCUUACAUUUCGAGGCAUUGUCACAAAGAAUCUGCUUGGAAAAUGCCGUCAGCAUCGUCCAAAUCAUGGACGAGUGCUGCAAGAAGCUUGGAGUGCGCUCAGCCAGUGUAUUCAUCCCCCAGUCGACGUGUGUCGCGUUGACCACCCUCCUCGCGAAUCUGUCCGAUCAUGAGAGCACUUCAGGCGCGGCUGAGAUACUCCGGCAUGUUCGAACACUAAUGAGCAUGCUCAAGAGCAUGGCCGAGUACUAUCGAGUAGCGGAGGACAUCUGCACUGUUGCGAAUCAUCUUCUACCGCCCGGGGUCGAUAACUUGGCAGAGUCCCUCGCUGGCACCGAAGCCUUCCAAGGCAUACCGUCGGCAUCUUCUCUGGGAUCUCACCCUUCAAGAAAGUCGGGCUCAGGGGCAGACCACGAAAGGCCCACAUUUGCAGUAUAA